AUGCAUGAUCUCCCGUUUCCCAUCCCUCAUCCGCGACCUCUCGUUUCCCAUCCCCCAUCCCUGAUUUCCCGUUUCCCAUCCACAUUCCCGAUCUCCCGUUUCUCAUCCCCAUCGCCGAUCUCCCAUUUCUCAUCACGCAUCCCCGGUCUCCCGUUUCCCAUCCCCCAUGCCCGAUCUCCUGUUUCCCAUCCCCCAUCCCCGAUCUCCCGUUUCCCAUCCCCCAUGCCCGAUCUCCCGUUUCCCAUCCCCCAUGCCCGAUCUCCCGUUUCCCAUCCCCCAUGCCCGAUCUCCCGUUUCCCAUCCCCUAUCCGCGAUCUCCCGUUUCCCAUCCCCCAUCCCCGAACUCCCGCUUCCCAUCCCCCAUCCUCGAUCUCCCGUUUCCCACCCCCCAUCCGUGAUGUCCCGUUUCCCAUCCCCUAUCUCCGAUCUCCUGUUUUCCAUCCCCCAUCCCCGAUCUCCCGUUUCCCAUCCCCCAUCCCCGGUCUCCCGCUUCCCAUCUCCCAUCCCUGUUCUCCCGUUUCCCAUCCCCCCUCCCUGAUCUCCCGUUUCCCAUCCCCCAUCCUCGAUCUCCCGUUUCCCAUCCCCCAUCCCCGAUCUCCCGUUUCCCAUCCCCCAUCCCCGAUCUCCUGUUUCCCAUCCACCAUCCCAAUCUCCCAUUUCCCAUCCCGCAUCCCCGAUCUCUCGUUUCCCAUCCCCCAUCCCCCGUCUCCCUUUUCCCAUCCCCCAUCCCCGCUCAAGCGCCCCGGUCAUCCCGUGGCGAUCGAGGCGGAGGCCCCCGCCGUGGAGGCGGCCGUUGAGGCCCCCGCCGAGGCGAUGGACACGAUGACGGCGCUGCAGCGCGUGCUGAAGAAGGCGCUGGCGCACGACGGGCUGGCGCGCGGGCUGCACGAGUCCGCCAAGGCGCUGGAGAAGAGCAGCGCGCAGCUGUGCGUGCUGGCGCAGGACUGCGACCAGGAGGACUACAAGAAGCUCGUCCAGGCGCUCUGCCACGAGCACAACAUCAACCUCAUCCAGGUGCGCCCUGCCACGAGCACAACAUCAACCUCAUCCAGGUGCUGCGCCUGCCACGAGCACAACAUCAACCUCAUCCAGGUGCGCCCUGCCACGAGCACAACCUCAUCCAGGUGCCGAGGCGCCAAGACGCUGGGCGAGUGGGCGGGGCUGUGCAAGCUGGACUCGGAGGGGAAAGGCGCGCAAGGUCGUCGGCUGCGCCUGCGUCGUCGUCAAGGUCAGCAAGGGGGGCCGAGGGGAAGACGGGGGAGAGGGGGGCUGUUACCUUUCCGGAAUGGCUGCUGCGCAUGGGGGUUUGUGGUGCGCAUGGGGUUUGUGGUGCGCAUGGGGGUUUGUGGUGCGCAUGGGGUUUGUGGUGCGCAUGGGGGUUUUGGUGACUAUGGCGAGGAGACGGAGGCACUGAACGUGCUCAAUGAGUACCUCAAGUCCAAGUAG